GGAGGUUCAGAUUCACUGAUUCAGAUUGUUAUUUAUAUUUGAGGGAAAAUGGAGGAUGCAUUAUUGAAAAAGCUUACAGAAGAUGAAACUUUUCUGGAGUUUGUGUCAGCUGACUUUGAUGUCCGUGAUCACACCAACAGAGUCAUGCAAACGAUGGCAAUAUCAGAUCAGCUGGCCAAAAUGGCUGAAGGAAUCAGCCUUUUGGACAAGGAAUUGCAUGCCCAGGUUGGAGCACAUCAUGAAGAUUUGCUAUCACAGGCUACAGGAAUCGAAACACUAGAGGGCGUCCUUCAAAUGAUGCAAACAAGGAUACAAUCAUUACAAGCAGCCGUAGAAAGGAUUCAAACAAAGAUCGUUGAACCAUACAACAAGAUAGUUGCAAGGACAGCACAGCUCAGAAGACUUCAAGAGGCCUGUGAUCUGUUAAGAAGAAUCAUCAGAAUCUUGUACCUUAGUAAGAGACUUCAUGGACAGCUUCAGGGUGGAGCUAGGGAAAUUACUAAAGCUGCACAGAGCCUCAAUGAACUAGACUACCUUUAUCAUGGAGUAGAUCUGACAGGGAUCGAGGUGAUAGAGCAGGAUACACUCUUCAUCAGGAAAGCUCGUAAAGAUGUUGAGAAACAGGCGCAGAAGAUGCUUCAACAAGGCAUGGAAACACAGAACCAAACACAGGUUGCCACAUCCCUGCAAGUGUUUCACAAUCUUGGAAGCUUGAAGGAUACGUACAGGCCGUUGUUAAGAGCAGACACUAGAUGAAGUUUAAUCAGGGAGGAGACAACAGAGGUGAAGGAGAAGGAAGAGGUGACGAUGCCGGCGCCCAGAGGACCUGGGAAGGCUGCCAUGCCCGCUCCAGGGAACACACCAGCGUUCAGAGCUACCCUGUGGACGAACCUUGAGAAACUGAUGGAUCAAAUACAUGCUGCUUGUGGACAGGUGAAUCAUUUACAGAAAGUGUUGGUUAAGAAGAGAGAUCCAGUGACCCAUGUCUGCUUUAUGGAUGAGCUACAGAAGGAUGGUCAUGGGAAUAUAAUGCUCUCAUUCUGGAUGUCACUAACACAACUGAUGAAGGAAGAUUUUGGAGAAAUGGCCAAUGCAUCAACUUUUAUCAAACAGGCCUUUGAAGGGGAGUAUCCCAAACUUCUCAGACUCUAUAAUGACCUGUGGAAAAGGCUAGAGCAGUUCAAUAUUGUUUCCGUAGCAACAUCACUGGUUGAUGCCCAUGGGGUGUCUCAGUCGCCCGUCGUUGAUAUGUAUGUUGGCCUCAAAGUUGAUGAGGAUUAUAGCCCUGAGAAGGCCUUGAAGGAGUCCCUGUUCAUCUUUGAGACGGCAUACCUCUCAAGAUCCUUAUCACGUCUCUUUGAUCCUAUCAACCUGGUUUUCCCUAGUGGAGCAGCGUACCCCCCAUCGGAGAGUGAGGUGGAGAAUAUUGCCAAGACAAUCCAGAGUGAGCUGAGUGUAGCCAGUGUAGACCCCAACCUGAGCAUACUUGUUGCCAAGAAUGCUUCUAAGACUGUCAACCUCUAUGUCAACAAAUGUGAACAACUGCUGUGUACCGAUGGAGAUGCUAGUCAGGUGAUAGCGCCCCCUACUGCCGGUCAAGCUAAGAAUGCAGCCGUGGUGAAUUCUCUCUACCAGUUCCAUCAUGCCAUCAGUAAGGUCACCCAAGCCCUCGGAGCUUACCCGGAGAAUGCCAUUUCUAUCGUUGAGGGCUCCCUUCAGAUUGUAGUAACCAUGAUGAGUAAUGCUAUCCAGCCUCUGUUAGCAUCCAUUGCUGAUUCUAUUGAAGCCAUUAUUCUAACCAUGCACAGUGAAGACUUUAAAACUGCACCUGUUCCUAAGGAUUCCCCUGAUGCCCCAUGUUCCCUGUAUAUGAGAGAGUUACAAGGGUUCAUCGCGAGAGUACAAGGGACUUAUCUCUCUCAAUUCAACUGCACAGAUUUCAUAAUAGACAGUUUACAUAGCAUAGCGUGUGAAGCCAUUGAACUGUUCGUAAGACAUGCUAGUCUGCUUCGACCUCUCGGGGAAGGAGGCAAACUGAGAUUAGCUGCUGAUUUUGCUCAGAUGGAGUUAGCUAUCACGCCUCUUUGCAGACGAGCUUCCGACCUAGGUCGACCUUACAAACUCCUUAGAGCCUUUAGACCAAUGCUCUUCCAGACACCAGAACACAUCUCAAGCAGUUCAGCUUUAGGAGACAUCAUCCCGUAUUCUACUAUCCUACAAUUCCUCUUUGCUAGGGCUCCCUCAGAACUCAUGUCACCUCACGAGGUUGCUGGAUGGUCUACCUCUAGAUAUUCCCAGUGGAUGAGUGAACACACAGCCGAGAAAGAGAGACUUGCAUUAAUCAAAGGUACUCUGGAGGCCUAUGUUCAAUCUGUGAGGCAAAGACAAGGGAAGGAAUUUGCCAGUAUCUACCCAGUCAUGGUAGAUCUCUUACAAGCUGGACUCAAAGCUGUUGAAAAGAACAGCUGAUCUACAAUCUCUAUUCUGAAGGAUGAGAUCGUCUGAACCUGCUCUCCAAUCUUCAUUCGUAGAGUAUGUAUAUUGAAAGUGGUGUUUACAUGAGAACUGUCAAGCUGUCGAGAAGAACAGUUGAUCUACAAACUCUCCUCUGAAGAGGAUGAGAUCGUCUGAACCUGUGCUCCCAUCUUCAUUCGUACAGUAUGUAUAUUGGAAGUGGUGUUUACACAAGACUUUUCCUGUGAAGAGUGGAAGGGACUAUCAAAGCAAAGCUUUUUUUCUUCCUGAACAUCUAAACUAUAAGAUGUGCUCUUAGAUGGUACAUGUAGACAUGUAGGGCAGAAUUGUUAUUGAGAUGUAGAACAUUCCAAAACUUUAUUGGUAAUUUUCUUGUAAUGUACAAAGUACCCUCCUACGUUGCUAUUUAGGGCAAAUGUAUUCUGACAUGACAGACUGAGCAAUGUAGCCUACGCCAAGCUGCUUAAUCCAAGCUACAUGGUAGAUGUUAUGAAUUGAUGUAGAGUCCUGCUCGCUUCUUUUGGAUGGUGUUGUCGCAGAGCUACCAAGUCUCACGCAUUAUGCGUGAGACUCAAGCAUUUUGGACUCUUGUUCAUCCCCUCAAAUCUCUGUCUCAUGCAACUAUCACAGCCUAUCCCCAUAUACAUUGUACACAAUGUCUGUGAUCUCACUCAGAUUCACAGAAAAUCUCACGCAUAGCUGGUUUUUGAACUUGCAUCUCUGUUGUUGGUCGUUCCCAGAUGUAAAAAAAAAUUGUAUCUGAGCGAUACAUGUCUGUAAAAUCUUAAUUAUGCCUACAAAUAUUCAUACACCGAGGGGUGUCAAGAAACCAUUUAUUAACAUGAGACCCUCAUGUAGAAGACCUUAUUAUUUUGUAUAAUGUCUCAUGUAGGAGACUUACAUGGAAGAAAGAGAAGUUAGAUGUACUGUGUUAAACACCCUGUUCCCCUAUUGGUGUGGUUCAUGCAUUGUUAUUUCACUCUGAACAGACAUCUCCAAUCUCAAUUAGAAUUAAUUGAUUUCGGUAAACCAUCAAUUUUUUUGUAAUCGAUAUGAUCUUUGCAUUAAUCAAUUAAUUUCAAUUGACCACUAAGUAUCACAUACAUCUCUAUGGAAUCCUAGAGAGUUAUAGUACCGGUACUCUUUUCAAUUGACACAAACUACGAGGAUGCAACGAGAGCAAAAUAUCAGGUAGGGGGACAACUGCCGCGGAUGAUUUUUCAACUAAUGAAAAAAAGGGAAAAAGAGGGGAAUGUUUCAAAGUGAAGGAAGAAAGAUGAAGAAUAAAAUAAAUAUUUGGGCCAUGCAACUCUAUAAUUUAAUUGAGAAAUAAAUAUGCUGUGCCCUAAGGUCUUCUGCCCCCCCCAUUAGAAUAUCAUGGGGCUGCCCCUCAAUACAAUCAAUUAUGAUCUCAUUUCUAUUUGGCAGUAAUUAAUAAUUAAAGAGGAUUUGAGUUAAAUCCUACAACCGUGGCAAUUUAAAUGCUUUUAUACUCAGAAAGUAAGUUCCGACCUUUAAACCUUUAAGUGCUCCGUGCUGAGAGACCGAUUUUUUAGGCUGCUUUACAUGGUCAUUCCUUAUGGAGGGUUUCCCUAACAAUAUAUGAUUCAAGCAGUGACGGGCUCAUCGCAUAACCUGUUGAAAAAAAGUUCCGACCUUAAAACUUUAAGUGCUCUGUGCUGAGAGACCGAUUUUUUGAGGCUGCUUUAUAUGGUCAUUCCUUAUGGAGGGUUUCCCUAACAAUAUAUGAUUCAAGCAGUGACGGGCUCAUCGCAUAACCUAUUGAAAGUGAUUAUAUUCUCCUUUCGAAGCCCCCAUGUGGUUAUGGCUGCCAAAGAUUACUUUGAUUUAGAGUCAAAUUCAAUAUAUCAUGUUCAGAAUAUUAGUAGAUUCCACCAAUUUCGCCUUUGUAAAUAAGAAUAUUUAUUAUAUUUUUAUGAUGCAUUUUGAAGUCCAGUCAAAAUAAGCCAUGGCAACAAAAAAUGCAAUACCGUUUCAUUUGGACCAUGUUAUCGCUUAAUAUUUCAUGAAACAAGUAACCAGUGAUUUUUACUGACUAUGUGUUAUAAGCUACUGAAAUCCUUGCAUCUGAUUGGCUCAGAGCAAAUCUGUCAGUAAAAAUCAUUGACAUUAUGCUUUAUGAAACGCUCCUCAGACUAUUCUGCUGUUUUCUUCAAGGUCAAGUCCACCCGAACAAAAAUAAAAGUUGAUUUGAAUUGCAUGAAUCCUACAAUUCCAUGUUUCAUUCCAUUUUUGCAGUUUGACACAAAAGCAACUUUUUUAUUUAAUCACACUAUACAAAAAUGACAGUUCCACAUGGUUAGGGAGGAAUCAAAGUAUUCACAGUAUUAUGAUGAAAAAUUUAGAUAUGUCAUGUUUCAAAGAGACAAGUACAAAAGAAAUAGUGGAGUGCAUCAUUUACUUGCAUACUGAAAAGGAUGUGCAUAAUAAUUUUUUAUUUUAAAGUGGAACUUAUUAAAAUUUGCAGCGUUUUCCGAUGAAAUUUUCUUUAUUAUACUUAUUUGAUUGUCUUUCAAUUAGAUUUAAACCAACCUUUUGUUUGGAUGGACUUUCUGUAAAGAAUAUCUUUUAAAAAAUUAACUGUAAUAUGGCAUUCAUAAAUUGUUAAUGGUAUUCGGGUACUUCAAUUAUUACAUUAUAGCUGUGGCUGUUUCAUAAAGCUGUUCCAAAUUCAGUUAUCUUGACUGGACUUUUUCCUAUUAAAUGACACUGUCUGAUUUUGCCUCUUGUGUAUUUAUUAUAAAAAUAUGUAUAUACAUGUUUUUGUCACACUAAUUCAUAUUGCACUCUCCAUCAGCACUCUCUCUUGGUUAUUUUUUCUACAUGUUCACUAAAAAAAGAAUACCUUUUCAGAUUUUAUCUCAAAAUUAAAUCAUGUCUAGGGUCAUCUGCUAAUCAGGUCAAAAUGACCAGGGAAUAAGGUCCGAGGUUACCAGUAUACCAUUUCUGUGUUACAUCUGAAGAGAGUUUGGAGCCAAAAGGAUUUAUUUCCUGGUCUACAACAACAUUUUUUUUCUUUAAUAAUUACCAUUUCAACAUCAAUCAGUUUUUGCUUUACCUGAGAAAUUUUCAAAAAUUCACAAAUUUGGAACCAAGUAUAAAAUUAAUUUAUUUACAUUGACUUUCGAAUUGUUUCUUGAAGGGUAUCCAAAUAUAAGUGUCCCUAGAAUUAUCAAGAUAGAAAUAGAUAUGUGAUUAUCUGUGAUAAUGUUUUGCUAAUUGUCAGACUUCCAAAUGAAUAAUGAUGAUUCAUAAAGAAAGUGCCAAAACUAUAACCGUAAGUACAUGUAUAUAAUUGUAUACAAUUGCUUGCAACUGGAUGUGCUUUUUGGUUGGAUUUAAAAUCUUGUUUUCGAAUCAUACUUAUCAUUUUUAAUUAAAACCAUUAUUUUUUGUAGAUGAUUCAAAAUGUUUAUCAUUGGAGGAACUUUUUAGCUUGAAAAAUAAUGUUAGUUUCAACUCUGUCUAUAAUGCUUGUUCCUAAUGCCCCCCCC